UCACGCAGCGUGUGUGGUGUUAUGUUUGUGUUCGUGUGCCGCUUCACUACGCGUUGAAGACAUGGCAGCCAAGAUGGAGCUUGCACCCCUCAGACCGUGGGAUGAUUUCUUUCCCGGAACGGACCGGUUUGCCAAACCAGAGUUCGGAGAUUUAACAAAAUGGAACAACAGAGUGAUCAGCAAUCUACUGUACUACCAGACGAAUUAUUUCGUCGUGGCUCUGGUGGUUUUCCUCAUUGUAGGGUUCCUGAACCCAUUCGGCAUGUUUCUGGGAGGAGCUGUGGUGACGCUGGUCUUCAUGGGUUCAGUGUGGGCAGGAGAAAACAAAGCCAUGGUCAAGAACUUCAAAAAGAAGAACCCCACUCUGUUUGUGAUCGGGGUCAUGGUCACCAGUUACUUUCUGCUGUCGCUGUGUGGCGGCGUCAUGGUCUUUAUCUUUGGAAUCACCUUUCCUCUGCUGUUAAUUCUGAUCCACGCCUCUCUGAGACUGCGCAACAUGAAGAACAGACUGGAGAACAAGAUAGAGGGUGUUGGACUGAAGAAAACCCCCAUGGGCGUCAUCAUGGACCUCCUGGAUCAGCAGGAGGAGAAAAUGAACAAGAUUCAGGAUUUCCUUGAGAGCAAACUGAAGGAGUAAGGCUGUAGCUAAACAUGUGCCAAGGGAAGUCAGUGUCAUACAGUAUGGAUCCAAAUUUCCAUAGAAUAGCCCCAUGUGUUGAGUUUUUAUCCCCUCUAUACACAUAAAGUUACUGAUAUUUGCAUUCCCAAACUUUUUUAUCCAUUUUAGUUGACUUUAUUCUCUUAUACUGUUGUGACUUUACUCACGGAUGGACAGUUACAUUAUAAUUAGAUUUGCACAGUCACAGUGUGGAUUGGAUUUUGAAAGGCAAUGGGCACCAAAGGUUACCAAAGGUCAUUACUGUAUCAAAAAUGCUCCAAAAUUAAAUCAUUUUCCUUGUCAAUGUCGCACUUUGUUCCACAUGACGAGUAUUUAUUUCAGCGUAAUAAAGCCAAAUGUCUGAACAUAAUAUCUAAUGCUAUUAUUAGAUACCAGUUGCGUUUGUUCUAAAGAAGAAAUAAGAUCCUUUCAGUUUGCUACCUCAGACAAGCAUGUUUAAUUUCCCCAACACCCAGUGAAAUGCUUAUUGAACAGCAAUAACUCCCAUUUUGUCACAUUAGGAGCUGUAUGAAUACUGAUCUGAGACCAGUUUGCUUCUUGUUUAGACAGGUUAUAUGUCCUGACUAAAAACCUUGGAACUUAAAUAUUCCUAUUCUCAAAAGAUGUGCACACACAGUUCAUGACCGUACAGGCUGGCCUGAGUGUAUCCCUUCUGAUCACAGCUAUGCAAUAAUGAAAAAUGAAUGGCAAGUGCAGCUUUAUUGUUUGAAUAUUAUGCCAUGAUGUGUACAUGUUUGUUGUUAUUUCUGAUGUCUUUGUUUUCAUAAAAUAGCAUGCAGAAAUGUAUAAAAUGGCUACAGGAUAUAAAGUAUAUACGUUUGGCAAUUAGACAAAAUUAUGAAUUAAAUUAAUUAACUUCCCAUGCUAUUUCCAGUUUUCUCUGUUGAGAUCAAUUCCCCAUUCCUUGUAAAGAAAAAAAUCUAAAUUAAAUCUGUCAUCUGUAAUGUUCCGUGUUUAUUUUAUACCUGAUAGUAAGAGCUUUUUUCACAUGUGCACAUUGACUGCAGUUUGUGCAUGCUAUCUUCACAAAUGGCAGUUCAGACAGAUUGUUUAAGUCAUACGGAUGCUAUAUUAUAUAUAAUCUAUGUUUUUAUGUGACUUUUUCAUUCUUGGAAAGUGAUGAUUAAAUCACAGAACUGGAAGUAAAACACGUCUGUCCUCUAUGAAAAAUAAAUAUAACCUGACUUA